AUGACGACGACGCAAUUGGAGUCAUCUUCUCCCUUCUUCUUUCUUAGAAAAGCUUUCUUUCUCCCUUACUUCUCCAUACUACUAGUCAUGAAGACCGAGGAUAGGCUGGCAUUUGCAAUUGGAAGGAUCGAGAAUGGGUGCGACAUAUUUAGCGGGCAGUGGGUUAGGGACGAGGAAUCUCAUCCAUUGUACAAGGAAUCUGAGUGUCCUUAUCUACUACCUCAACAAACCUGCUUAGCCCAUGGCCGACCCGACAGGGAUUAUCUUCAUUGGAAAUGGCAGCCUCAUGGUUGCUCCAUACCUCGUUUUAAUGGUACGAUGAUGCUUGAAGCUCUUAGAGGAAAACGGAUGAUGUUUGUCGGCGAUUCACUAAGUAGAGGUCACUACGGUUCCAUGGUCUGCCUUCUUCAGAAAUUCAUUCCAGAUAAUGCCAAAUCCAUUGAGGAUGCUGGCCAAAGAACUAUUUUUACAGCAAAGGAAUACAAUGCAACGAUUGAAUUCUACUGGUGUCCAUUAUUGCUGGAAUCAAACGCGGACAACCCUUGGAAGCACAGAGUGGAGGAACGAAUUGCUCGCAAAGAUUCAAUUAACAAGCAUGGACAACAUUGGAGAGGAGUUGAUAUUUUAGUGUUUCACACUUACUUAUGGUGGUAUAAAGACGAAUACUUCAAGAUAUUAGAAGGAUCAUUUGAAGACAAGGUAAAAAAAAUUAUAGAUGUGCGCUCCGAUGAUGCUUAUCGUAUGGCAUUGGAGAGUAUGUUGAAAUGGGUUGAAGAGAAUAUGGAUCCAGCUAAAACAAGGACAUUUUUCACUAGCAUCUCACCAACUCAUGGAAGGAACGUUUUAUGGGGAGGCGAUAAAAAAGGUAACUGUUACAAUGAAUCCACUCUAGUAGAAAAUCUUAAUUAUGACGUACCGAGACCGUUGAAGAAAACAAUGCGAGUAAUUGAUGAGGCGCUUAGCAAUUCGAAUGUGCAAAUAACAUUCUUAAACAUUACAAGACUCUCAAAUUAUAGAAAGGAUGGUCACUUAUCAAUUUACAAGAAACAAUGGACGCCAUUGACAGCUGAGCAACUAGCAAACCCUGUGAGCUAUUCAGAUUGUAUCCAUUGGUGUUUACCUGGAGUUCAAGAUACAUGGAAUGAGCUUUUGUUCACCAAACUUUUCUAUCCUUGA